AUGCACAAAGGUGCUGUGCUCAAAGGCGUCUUUGAAACGGCAUAUCGCGGACAAACACGCCGAGAGGCAGGAGGAGUACCGCUGCACGAUUUGCGAGCGCGUCUACUGUUCGCGAAACUCGCUGAUGACGCACAUCUAUACUUACCACAAAAUUCAUCUAGCAAAGAGAACCAGGCCGACCAGCCGACAGCUUUCCGUUUCAACAUUCCCAAAGCUGUUCCGCCACUCCGUAUGCCCCCGCCCACGGCCGGCGGUAUCAAUGAGCCUCAGGAGUGUCCUUACUGCCGCAGGACAUUCUCCUGCUACUACUCCCUCAAACGGCACUUCCAAGACAAGCACGAGCAGUCCGACACGCUCUACGUCUGCGAGUUCUGCCACCGAAGGUAUCGGACCAAGAACUCGCUCACCACCCACAAGAGCCUGCAGCACCGGGGUUCGAGCGGCAUGCUGAAGCGCCUCCUCAAGACGUCGGCGCUGCACGGCGCGCUCGCCCCGGCGCCGCACCACCUCUUCGACCUCGCCGGGGAGCACGGGCCCCAGCUGCCGGGCCUCCAAUGA